AAAAUUUAUAUAAACCCUACUCUCCCUCUGCUCAUCGCUAGUAAUCAAAUCUUCACGAUUCAGACGGCAAUUGACCAUUUUUCUCUCUCAAUUUGUCUGAUUCGUUCUGUCUGAUCGUUUUUCGAAACCCUAAUCCCCAAUUCUAAGGUUUCCCCUCGCGGAUCUCCCUCCAUUUGGCUCCACUUUCGCCCUCCGGAAUCACUGCAAAUGGAAAUUCUAGUCCUUUGAAAUGGGAAAUUAGGGUUUGAUAGUCGGUAGGUGUGUGUAUUUUGCGUCGUUGUGGUGGUGGUGGUUUUUGGUGGCCAUGGCUGCUUUGCAGAGAGUGGCGCAGUCCAGCGUGAGCACUACUGCGAGUAGUUACGGUUCGUGUAAAGGUGGUGGUGGUGUUUUGUCACCGUCUGCCGUUGAAAUGGCAGUUCCUGAUCGGUUUCCAGCAGGCUUGAGGGUUCUAGUGGUCGACGACGACACAACGUGCUUGAGGAUUCUUGAGCUGAUGCUCCUCCGGUGUCUCUACCAGGUUACCACCUGUUCCGAGGCUACUGUUGCUUUGAAUCUUCUACGAGAGAGGAAAGAUUGUUUUGAUGUGGUACUGAGUGAUGUCCAUAUGCCUGAUAUGGAUGGAUUUAAACUCCUGGAACACAUUGGUCUGGAAAUGGACCUUCCUGUUAUCAUGAUGUCUGCUGAUGGGAGAACAAGCGUUGUUAUGAGAGGAAUUAGACAUGGGGCCUGUGAUUUUUUAAUUAAGCCUGUACGUGAGGCAGAACUCAAGAAUAUUUGGCAGCAUGUUGUUAGGAAAAAAUGGAAUGGAAGUAAAGAACUUGAACAUUCUGGGAGCUUGGAAGAUAAUGAUCCACAUAAACGAGGAAACAAUGAUAUUGAAUACACAUCUUCUGUUAACGAAGGAUCAGAAGUUUCAUUGAAAGGUCAGAAGAAGAGGAUCAAUGCUAAAGAAGAUGAUGAUGGUGAUACAGAAAACGAUGAUAUGUCUACAUCGAAGAAACCUCGUGUAGUAUGGUCAGUAGAACUCCAUCAGCAAUUUGUCACUGCUGUGAACCAGCUUGGGCUUGAUAAGGCUGUACCAAAGAGAAUUCUUGAAAUGAUGAAUGUACCCGGUUUAACUCGAGAAAAUGUUGCUAGCCAUCUGCAGAAAUUCAGGUUAUAUUUGAAGAGAUUAAAUGGAGUAGCUCAACAACAAAGUGGGAUUGCAAAUGCUUUUUGUGGUCCCGCAGACUCAAAUGGGAAGUUGGGGUCGCUUAGUAGAUUUGACUUCCAAACUUUGGCUACCUCUGGACAAAUUCCUCCACAAACACUAGCCGCCCUGCAAGCUGAGCUUUUAGGUCAACCUGCAGGGAACCUCGUGCCAGCAAUGGAUCAGCCUGCUCUUCUACAUGCAUCCCUACAAGGAGCCAAGCAUCCCCCUGUUGAACAUGGUGUGCCAUUUGUGCAGCCUUUUAUAAAAAGCCAAUCAAAUGUUUCCAAACAGUUUCCACAACCCGUCAUUUCUGCUGAGGAUGUAUCUCCAGGAUUUGGACAAUGGAGGUCUAAUAAUUGUAGUACAGUGGCACCCAGCAACUAUCAUGGAGGGUCGAGUGUUCAGAAUAGUAACUUCUUGAUGGGCGUUGUGCAGCAGGAGCAAAGGCAACAUGAUCGAACGCAGCAGCAGUCUGCACUAAUCGAACCUUGCCGUUCGUUUAAUGUGCAGCCAUCUUGCCUUGUGGUCCCCUCUCAAUCAUCAACUGGUUUCCAGGCUGGAAAUAGUCCUGCUUCUUUCAAUCAGAGUAGUAGCUUUAACAAGUCUACUGUUAUUGAUUACAGUCUGCUCUCGGAUCAAUCUAAUAAUUCCUUGAAUAUUGGACAUAUACCAACUGGAAAUCUUAAAAUUACCAGCACGCUUGGUGGGUACUCUGCCCCAGGUUCUAUUUCUCCCACUUCUUGCAUACUUAAUACUGACAACAAUAGCACCAGUUACCAGAAUUCAGCUGCGACAUUUAGUGAUUCCAGAGAGUUGCCGGGGGUUUUGCAUAAUACGUCAAACAGCCAGGGUUUUUAUGUUGAUAAAUCAGGGGAAAUGCUUGAUCAGGGACCCCUUAGGAAUCUUGGAUUUGUUGGUAAAGAGACUUGCAUUCCAAGUCGAUUUGCAGUGGAUGAUUUUGAAUCGCAAAUGAGCAACUUGAACCGUGGAAGAAUCCAGGUGGAGAACAGUGGUGCCCUAGUCAAGCAGGAGCCAAUUGUGGAUUAUGUGGAUAACGAAAAACUAGGCAUCCCAAUAUUGCAGCAAUAUUCUUCAAGUGAUUUCAUGAGUCCUUUCACUGAUUAGGCGUAUAUUUUGUGGUUAGCCGAUGUCUCUUGAUUUCCAUGACGCGUACAGAUUGUUUCACAUUAUCAAAAUGUUCAGUAGAGAUUGCAGUUGAAGUAUGUGUCUUAUUUCUACGUUUAGAUCUAAUUGACGUGCCUGCACCGGACUCAGGUGCAGAGCGGCCUCUUGCAUCCGAGACUCUUGAAAAAUUGAGGACAAAUGUGGGGGAGUAUCAGUGUCGGUCCGGAGGAAAAUAAGUUGUGUCAGACUCCAACAGUUGAAUUGGUUUCUUCCAGUUUGAUGAUUGGCAUCUUGCCAAACAUGAUUGUGUAGUUGUUUGGAUCUAGUUAUGUUGGAAUAUGACUCGUGCCUUAAAAUCAGUUGCCCAAUCUUGUAAAUUUAGUUUGGUUCAAACAUUUUAGCUUAGCUUGCAUUCUUCACCGGCCGCUUGCCGGAUGUAUAACUCAUCCCGCCUCAAAGGUUACGAUUCUUCUGUCACUCCGUCGUUUUAUCCUUCGUUGAAGUAUGCACCCGUGUAUAGUAUAGUAUCCAUUGGGAUUCUUGUUUGUUGAA